AUGCCUCGAUCUGGUACUAUUGAAGUCAUACCAGACUAUUCGAAAGAAUACAGUUGUGACCCACAAGGUGGAUCUCAUAAGGAUGAGCGAGCAUACUCCGUACUCAUGGCUCAAGAUUGGGCUCAACCGCAGAGACGCCGUUGA